CAGAUUUAGCGGUGUUUAGCCUUUAUUACCGUAGGUCAAUAGCAGUUUUAAACCGUAGUUUAUUUUUAACACUACACAAAAAUUAUGUGCGCUAGACCUAACCAAUCAAAUUCAAGUAUUUUUCGACUUCAAACGGAGAGGGAAAUACAAACAUAAUAUUUCAAAAUCAUAUACAGGGGACCCAUAUACAGAUCCUGUGUUUGCUAACAUUAGUCCAUUAUUUGUUAUCUAAAUGAAGGAAGAUGUCAGGCUGCCAGGAGGGUAUACUUGUUGAUUUAAGUGAACCAGCUGAAGAUUUUCCAGUGACAGUAACUGAUUCUAUAGAGUAUUUGCGAGAUGACCCAUUUGAUAGACUUGAUGAUGUUCCAAAGUUCAGCAGCCCAUUGAAAAGUUCGGAGAAUUUACUAGAUAUUUCGACCAAAUCAAACACACCGAAUCAACCAUCACCUCUCAGGCUUAUCGAUGCUGAAACCUUUGAUUUUGAUCUUCCGCUGACCCCGGGAACAAGUUCAGACAAAAGUAUACCAGAAGAUGAAGAAGAGGAAGUUUUUUUCGGGCCGAUGGGCUAUAGGGAACGUUGUGUGUCAACUGUUGUUAAUUCUGUUACUAAGGAAAGUAAGCCUCUAAGCCCAUUAAAUCCACGUCAGAUUGCAGAAAUAUGUAAAGAAGCAAAUGCAGUCGCAUGUAGAAUUUCUUCCGCAGCAAGUGGGAAGAAAGGUAAAAAAAUGCCAAAAGAGAACUUGUUUUGUGUGAAGCAGUUGCGCCUAGAUCAAACAUUGUUUAAUAAAGAGGCUGUAGGGUCACUUUUGAAUUCUGUUAGAAAAAUAAAAACAGACGAUGCUGAUGAGGACAAAGAAAACUGUGAUAACCAUCAAAACAUGGAUGUUGAUAGUAACAAUGAAAGUAUACAAACUCUUGAGGCAUUUUUAAGAAAUGAUGUUGCUGAAUUAAAGUCUGGUUCAAAAAGCAGUAGUUCUGAAAGUGAAUUGUGCGAAUCACCAAUGAAGAGACAUAAUCGUUCCGGGACUUAUACGUUAGAUAAAACACCACAUGAUCUUCUUCCUGCUGAUAAAAGGAAGUCGUUACCAGUUGUGGGGAAUGCUGGUGGGAAAUCUUUGUCUGUUAAACCUGAUGAAGUUCAAGGUGACACAGGGAGGAGAAGUAUGUCGAAGUUGCAGCAACCUGCUAGCAAACUGGUGAAAUCUUCAGUAUCCGGCAUAAAGGGCCCAAAACCAUAUUUUCAGGUUUCGAAACCAGAGAGUAAAGAAACUGGAAGUUCGACAUCUAAAAUUCAGAUGAAGUCCAGACUUUCGGCUCCUAAAGCUGGCAGUCUGUUGCCAUCUAAACUCAAACCUGUAGGAACUAAUUCAUCUAGCACUGCAACAACCAGCAUUCCAACCAAACCUGCCUUGCAGAAAUCAGGAUUACCUGGACCCAAAGGCCGAGGGGCCCCAGUGAGUAAAUUGCAACUGAUGAGGCCAAGUGCACUGCAGAGACCAGGUUGCAUGCAGGCUAAAAACCCAGACAGCUUAAAGAAAAAUGGACCAAUAAAAGCUUUUGUUCCUGCACAAAAACAGGAAGUUGAAAAACCUUCGACAGUUAUCACACCCUCCAAAAUGGAGAAAAAAGUUCAGCCAAAAAACUUGUCAUCAAGUUUCUCCACACCCAGUAGAACUGGGAGUUCCAGCAGUAUGGACUCCCCAAUGUCCUCAGUGAAGAAGCGAAGGUCAUUCCUGCCCACACCUACCAAGUCACGUCUAGGAUCCAAUGGGUCUAAUGCUUCACCUUGUCCAUCAAGAACUAGCAGUACAUCAUCACAGAAAUCACUAGACUCACCACUAGUCAGGGGACCAUCAUCAGCAACACGUAGUGCUACAAAGGUAGCAAGUUUUGACCUGUUGGAUGAUUCUUCACCCAGUGCUAUGAGGCCGAAGAGACAGCUGGUUACGAACACUCCAAACAUGCCAAAGAAGAAGUUAUCACAGUGGUCACCAGUACAGAAGAAGAAACCACAUGAUUUGAUAGACCAGGCGAUCAUGUGUACAAAGAAAGUUCGAAGAUAAAGAUCAGCCAAUAUCUUACUGUUUCUUAAAAAUUUAAAUGUAUAGGUCUCACAACACAAAAAGUAAAAAAGGCUUCUUCAGUUUUGGCAGUUGACAUAUGUUUGAAUCUGUCCUGAAAUGAUGUAUCAUCAUAAAUGGAGUCUUACCUUUGUAAAUAAGCUCUGUGAUAGGCUUGUGACAGCACUUAAAUUGUAUAGUUAAUAUAGUCAUUAUAGUUGUUUCUUUUAUAUAGAGAUAAAAUGUACAUCAAGUAUGAAAGAAAAUACACUGGCAAUAUAUUAACUCUUACCCUGCUAAAUUUCUAAAAUGAACUGAUCUAUCCUUCAAAUUGGGCACUACAAUUUAUUAUUCAAAGGGGGGUUCACUGAAAAUUUACUGACUGAAUAGCGAACAGUGCAGACCAUGAUUAUCUUGGUCUGGACUGGUCGCAAAGGCAGAAUAACUCGCCGCCAGCAGGCUAAAGGUAAAAUAUUUCUCUAUAUUGUAUGCAGUAUGCCAGUUUGUAUUAUAACUGAUACAAAUUUUAUGUUAUUUAUUAGAUUAUAUUAUUUUAUCUAUAUGGAAUAUCUCCUUUUGUUCCUUUGAUUAAUACCGGAGUCGAAGAGAUAUGGAUCAAACAUGGUGUUUCUGUAUCAAAAUUGUUUUACAAAGUAAGUGCUUCUAAUGAAUUUGAAAAAGAAAAAAGCUGACUAUAUAUCUGGAGACAUGAGACUGUUUAGUGCUAUAGGCUAUCUUUAAAAUCCACAUGUUUGUGUUUUAAUUUGUAUCAUUUUUAGCUCGACUAUUCGAAGAAUAAGUAGAGCUAUCCUACUCACCACGGCGUCGGCGUCACACCUUGGGUUAAGUUUUUCGUACCAGUCCACAUUUUGACAAAGUCUUUUGAGAUAAAGCUUUGAAACUUUCAACACUUGUUUACCAUCAUCAUGGCCAGUUAUAGGCAAGAGCACAUAACUCAGUCAAGGAUUUUGGCUGAAUUAUGGCCCCUUUUGACUUAGAAAUCAUGGUUAAGUUUUUCGUGCCAGUUCAUAUUUUGACAAAGUCUUUUGAGAUAAAGCUUUGAAACUUUCAAUAUUUGUUUACCAUCACCAUGUCCAGUUAUAGGCAAGAGCACAUAACUCCAUCAAGGAUUUUGGCUGAAUUAUGGCCCUUUUUGACUUAAAAAUCUGGGUUAAUAUUUCGUACCAGUUCAUAUUUUGACAGUCUUUUGAGAUAAAGCUUUGAAACUUUCAACACCUGUUUACCAUCACCAUGUCCAGUUAUAGGCAAGAGUACAUAACUCCAUCAAGGAUUUUGGCUGAAUUAUGGCCCCUUUUGACUUAGAAAUCAUGGUUAAGUUUUUCGUACCAGUUCAUAUUUUGACAAAGUCUUUUGAGGUAAAGCUUUGAAACUUUCAAUACUUGUUUACCAUCACCAUGUCCAGUUAUAGGCAAGAGUACAUAACUCCAUCAAGGAUUUUGGCUGAAUUAUGGCCCUUUUUGACUUAGAAAUCUGGGUUAAUAUUUCGUACCAGUUCAUAUUUUGACAAAGUCUUUUGAGAUAAAGCUUUGAAACUUUCAACACCUGUUUACCAUCACCAUGUCCAGUUAUAGGCAAGAGGACAUAACUCCAUCAAGGAUUUUGGCUGAAUUAUGGCCCAUUUUGACUUAGAAAUCUUUGUUAAGUUUUUCGUACCAGUUCAUAUUUUUUGUAAAAUGUUUGACAUAUGGCUUUGAAACUUUUAUCACUUGUUUAGUAUAAUAGUCUCUAUCUGUAGGAAAGAGAACAUAACUCUGUCAUCUAUUUUGGCUGAAUUAUGGUCCUUUUUGGAUUUUGAAAUUGGUUCUGUUUUCAUACAUGUCCAUGUUUUGUCAAAACUAUUUGACAUAUGGCUUUUAAACUUUGAACACUUGUAUAUCAUAAUGAUUUCCAUCUGUAGGCAAGAGUACAUAACUAUUUUGACUGAAUUAUGGCCCUUUUUGGACUUUGAAAUUGGCUCAUAUAUUGCCAUUUAGUGCAAGACUUAUCGAAAUCAAAGUAAUACAGGAACAUUGUUUGUCUAAUCUAUUUAUUCCUCUUGUCUGAAUAUCCGUGGAAAUAUUUUGACCCCAUUCUUCAAUCAAUUCUUCGAAUAGUCGAGCGCGCUGUCAUCAGACAGCUCUUGUUUGUUAAAUUUCUGUUCAUAAGAAUCUGUUACACCUUGUACAUGCAAAUAAAAAUAUCUGACUUGAGGGUAACUGUUUAGGUUACUGCCAGAGUACCCAGGAGCCAGAUAUUCCCAUAAAAUCCAUUUCUUCUCUUUAAGUAGAAUACAGUACACAAGAAAAAUAAUCUGUCACUUGCUGUAAGUGUUGAUGGGAAUAUCUGGCUCCUUAAUAUAAUUGAGCCGUGCCAUGAGAAAACCAACAUAGUGGGUGUGCGACCAGC